CUUUCUCUUUGUGUAAGCACUGUGGAAAGACUUGAGAUAGAUUUUAAUUCACCAUGUAUGACUAUGAAAUAGCAUUGAUCAGUGAGCAAGAGAACUUAGUAAGUUAGAACUCUCUUCAUCUUAAGAGACAGAAAAUGGAAAUGUCAUUGGUUUUCUUUACUCAUUUAACUAUGUGUGACUUAAAAGAAAAAACUUUUUUCAAAUUAAUGCAUGGUUCAGGAAAAGAAGAAACAAGCAAAGAGGCCAAAAUGAGAGCUAAAGAGAAAAGAAAUAGGCUAAGUCUUCUCAUGCAGAAACCUGACUUCCACGGUGAGACUCACUCCAGUAGAUCUGCCCUCUUGACAAGAGAAACUAGAGUCUCCCCUGAAGAGGCAGUGAAAUGGGGCGAAUCAUUUGACAAACUGCUUUCCCAUAGAGAUGGAAUGGAUGCUUUUACCAGAUUUCUUAAAACUGAAUUCAGUGAGGAAAACAUUGAAUUUUGGGUAGCCUGUGAAGAUUUCAAGAAAAUCAAGGACCCUCAACAAAUCAUCCAGAAAGCAAAAACAAUAUAUGAGAAAUUUAUACAAACUGAUGCUCCACAAGAGGUUAAUCUUGAUUUUCAUACCAGAGAAGUCAUUGCCAAGAGCAUCAUACAACCCACCAUCCACAGUUUUGAUGCAGCACAGAGCAGAGUAUAUCAGCUCAUGGAACAAGACAGUUAUACACGUUUUCUGAAAUCUGAUAUCUAUUUACAUUUGAUGGAAGGAAGACCUCAGAGACCGACAAAUCUUAGGAGACGUUCUCGCUCAUUUACCUACAAUGACGUCAAAGAUGUAAAAUCAGAUGUUGCCAUUUGGUUAUAAGGAAAAAUGAUUUUGCUCACUUUGAUGGUAAAUUUGUAUAUCUUCUAAAAAUAGAUUGUCUAUAGUAAGAAAUGAUCACAUCUUUGAAAAUACACUAUUGCAAAAAGACUUUAAAAUGUAAAUCAAAACUUUUAUACUAAUAUA